AUGGCAGCAGACACGGAGCCUCAGACCAGCGAGCCAUAUCGCUGGGACACACUUUCGCAUUCCGUACGCAGUCUCUUGGACAGUCUUGAUUCCGAAGGCUCUUUCUGUGCCCAAGGAAGCCGCGAAGAUAUCAAUCCAGGUCUGCAAGUUGAAGGAGUCGGCGGUAUUGGUAUGCCGAUUUCUGCAUACGAUGCUCAAAGACUCAUCCGAUAUAGCCGACAGGCACCUUUUGGCAAAGGCUCCGAGACAAUAGUCGAUAUAACGGUGCGCAAUACGUGGGAGAUUGAUGCUGCGAAGAUCAAGUGCGCUCAUCCUAAAUGGCCUUCUAUUGAACAAUCUAUCCUAGACUCUGUUACAAGUCAACUUGGGAUUGUGGGUGGAUCUGAGUUUGUCAAGCUUGAGCCGUAUAAGCUACUCAUCUACGGGGAGGGAGCUAUGUUUAAGCCGCAUCGAGACACGGAAAAGGCAGAAGGCAUGUUUGGAACUCUGGUCAUUGCACUUUCAUCUCCUCACCAAGGCGGUGACGUGGCAGUAUCGUUCAAUGGCAAGCAAAAAGUCAUGGAAACMUCUCCGGAUUCAGCUUGGUCGACCUCUUUUCUUGCUUGGUAUGGAGAUGUUCUGCAUGAAGUCAGACCCGUCACAAAAGGCUAUCGAAUAGUCCUCACAUACAACAUGAUGCAUACUGGUCCAUCAGCAGCACCUGGAAUUUCGGAGGGCGACCCUCGACUGGUGACUCUCCAAAGUGUUCUGAAAGAUUGGUCCCGCGAUGUUGACGUUGACGACGAAGAUCGGGCCUCGGAUCCUCUCCCUGGUUACCUCAUCUACAUGCUGGAACACCAAUACACUGAUGAAAGCCUCUGCUUGACUAAGUUGAAAGGCAGAGAUCGCACUCGAGUUGAAGGCGUUCUUAGUAUCGGUCAAGCAAGUGACUGUGAAUGCUUCCUCGCAACAAUCGAGAAGAAGGAGCGAGGAGGCUGCGAUGGAUUUGGACCUGAAGACUAUGCCCCAGGGGAGCUUCACAGCAUCGUAGACGUUGAGGAACAAAGUGUUCACAUUCGCAGCAUCGUGAAUGUAGCUGACGGGAACCUGAUCGUCGAGAAUGUGACCUUGGACGACGACGAAGCAGAGGGCCUCAUCAUGCGGAAAGAUGAAGAGGAUGAUCCUUUCGAGGGAGAGCCUUGCGGCGAAGAAUUUGAAGGCUGGACUGGAAACGAGGGCGCACGCACUACGUUGUGGUAUCGCAAGAGUGCAUUAAUAAUCAUGCCUGGCCGCUCAAACUUGGGCUACUUCAUGGCCGCCGCUCGAGACAGUGAAGACGGAGAGUGUUGGUCUACCAACUUUUGCAAUCUUAUGAAUUACUAUCGCAAAAAAAGGAACAGUGGUGGCGAGCUGGAUUAUCUCGUCGGGCUUGUCUGUCAAGGUCCGAUAACUCCAGAAGGAAAGGAGUGGCUUGCACUUUGGCCUGAUGGGACCUGGCCAAAACUUGAGUGCUCGGGCGAUGAGAUUGGCGCUGCGGCUGCGGCCUGUCUCCGAGCCGGAUGGCUGGAUUGA